UGGGAAGCCCUUCCCUUGCUGUUCUGACAGAGUGUGAGCAAAUUCGGGAGGAGGAGCUCUGCAGAAACAUGAGGAGCAGGAGUGGGAGCAGUUCACGUCGACCCUUGUGUUUGGGCUAAAUUCUACAAGCAGGGCUUUUAGCGAAGUGGGGGACGGGGGUCAAAGACUCGGGGGCGCUCUCUCUCUGCUAUACGCCAUCUGCUGAAAAGACGUUUAGAGGAGAGGGUUGGGGUGGGGGGAGGGCAAGGGAAAGCUGGUUUUAUUUAGUCAGUAGAUCAAGCUGCAAGUCAGGCAGCUUUCAAUGGCCCAGAUUGCACAGUGAGAGAGUGAGCGGGUGGGUGGGAGAGUUAGAGCAUCUGUCAGCUAAUGGUUAAACAGUUUUGAGCAUUGCAGAGCUAUUUUCUUUUGACUUGGAUUCACUACAAUGUCUGAGAAGGAGUCUGUAACUGAAGGCCCGCCAGCAGAUAAUGUCUCUUCAGCUUUCUCAUCUCCAGCUAAGAGCUUGGGCGAUCCUGGGAUCACCCCACUCAGUCCCUCAAUCUCUACGAAAGACUCUGAUCAAGCCGUGUCCUUGCAUCAGGCGUAUGUUGUGGUCAUCGCUAUUGAUUUUGGCACCACUUCCAGUGGGUAUGCGUACAGCUUCACCAGGGACUCCGAGUCAAUUCACAUUAUGAGACGAUGGGAAGGUGGAGACCCCGGGGUAUCUAAUCAGAAGACCCCCACGACCAUCCUCCUGACGCCAGAGGGUACCUAUCACAGCUUUGGGUACGCAGCCAGAGACUUCUAUCACGACCUGGACCCCAACGAUUCAAAGCAAUGGCUGUACUUUGAGAAAUUCAAGAUGAAGCUGCACACGUCGAGUAGCCUCACAAUUGAAACUGACCUGGAGGCUGCCAAUGGGAAAAAGGUCAAGGCCCUGGAGAUCUUUGCCUUCGCUCUAGAGUUCUUCAAAGACCAUGCGCUGCAGGAACUCAGCGACCAGACGGGGACGAAGUUUGACAAUGCCGAUGUCAGAUGGGUCAUCACUGUCCCUGCAAUAUGGAAACAACCAGCGAAGCAAUUCAUGAGACAUGCGGCUUACAAGGCUGCCUUGGCAUCUCCCGAAUUCCCGGAGCAGCUGAUCAUUGCCCUGGAGCCCGAGGCCGCCUCUAUCUACUGCAGGAAACUCCGUCUACACCAAAUGAUUGAACUGAGUGGCAAGGAGGCGGUCAACGGAUACAGCCCCACCGAGACGAUGGGAUCUGGAAUAACCCAUGCCAAAGAAUACACACGGCGUAAUCGUCAGAGCCGCACAUUUUUGGUGGAAAAUGUCAUAGGCGAAAUCUGGUCAGAAUUGGAGCAAGGUGAUCGCUACCUUGUGGUUGACUGUGGAGGAGGCACUGUGGAUCUGACUGUCCAUGAGAUUAAACUACCCGAAGGACACCUGAAAGAACUCUAUAAGGCCUCAGGAGGUCCCUACGGUUCCAUAGGGGUGGACUAUGAAUUUGAAAAGCUCCUGUGUAAAAUCUUCGGGGAGGAUUUCAUCGAUCAGUUUAAGAUCAAGCGCCCCGCAGCGUGGGUGGACUUGAUGAUAGCCUUCGAGUCGCGCAAAAGGGCAGCAGCUCCCGGGCGAAUCAAUCCACUGAAUAUCAACCUCCCUUUCUCGUUCAUUGACUACUACAAGAAGUUCAGAGGCCACAGUGUGGAGCACGCUCUACGGAAAAGCAGUGUAAAUUUUGUCAAGUGGUCCUCUCAAGGUAUGCUGAGGAUGAACCCGGAUGCUAUGAACGCUCUGUUUAAACCCACCGUGGACCACAUUGUCCAGCAUCUAAGCGAUCUCUUCCAGAAGCCCGAGGUGUCGGGGAUCAAAUUCCUGUUCCUGGUGGGCGGAUUCGCCGAGUCUCCUCUGCUGCAGCAGGCGGUUCAGUCGUCGCUCUCCGAGACUUGUCGGGUCAUCAUCCCGCACGACGUGGGCCUGACCAUCCUGAAGGGGGCGGUGUUGUUCGGCCUGGACCCCACCGUCAUCAAGGUCAGGCGCUCCCCGCUGACCUACGGGGUGGGGGUCCUGAACCGCUUUGUGGAGGGCAAGCACUCGGCCGAGAAGCUGCUGGUCAAGGACGGUACCCGCUGGUGCACCGACGUCUUCGACAAGUUCAUCGCUGCCGACCAGUCGGUGGCCCUGGGGGAGACCGUCAAGCGCAGCUACACCCCGGCCAAGCCCUCCCAGCUGGUCAUCGUCAUCAACAUCUACUGCUCGGAGGGCGACGAUGUCCACUUCAUCACCGACCAGGGCGUCAGGAAGUGCGGCACCCUACGCCUCGAUCUGACCGGAACCGAGAGCCCCGCCCCUCCCGUCCGGAGGGAGAUCCAGACGCUCAUGCAGUUCGGGGACACGGAGAUCAAAGCCAUGGCCAUCGAUGUGGCCACGUCCAAGUGUGUGAAGGCCGGCAUCGAUUUCCUCAAUUACUAAAGGGGG